AUGUCAUUGUGGAAACCACAACAUUUAUCUGUUGUUGAACUUGCAUCUGUAUUGAAGAAUGCAUUGUCAAUUUCACAGUCGGACCGCGCAGAUGCAAUGGAAUCAUUGGAAACCCUCAAACUCCAGCCAGAAUUUUUGAAUUACCUGUGUUAUAUAUUGGUUUCGACUGAUGAGGAGUUGGAUUUGGGCAAAGUUUUAUCCAAUAGCGACAUUCAAAGCUGCCGGGCAGCUGCUGGCAUGAUGCUUAAAAACACGAUACUAGAGAAUCACGGAGGUUCUCAAUAUGACUAUGUGAAAUCGAAUAUAAUGAAAGGGCUAUUUAUUGAUAAACCUCUGCUGUCCAAUAUUACCGGCAUUGUCAUCACGUCGCUUUUCUCGUCUGUUUACAGACAAAAUCGUAACGAUCCAACCAGUAUACAGAUAUUGUCGGAGCUUCUAGAACUGAUAUCCAAGGGCAAUGAGGCUGGUGCCAAAGCCCUUUCUAAAAUUGUUGAGGACAAUGCGACUUUUCUUCAGUUGGAAUGGGCCAACUCAGUUAGACCUAUGGAAAUUUUGGUCAAUAAGCUACUAGAAUUCAUGCUGUCUGAAAGUAAUGUUAUAAGAGCCGAGGCUGUCAAAUCGCUGAAUACAUUGAUUCCGCUUGAGAGUCAAUCAAUGCUAACGCGGUUAGACGAUUUUUUGCAGAACAUCUUUGUGCUAGCUCAGAAUGAUGGUCAUGGGUCGGUUCGAAUUCAGGUCUGUCACGCUUUGACCAUACUACUUGAGCAGAGGCCUGACAAAAUAAUAGUUCAACUGCCAGGGAUCGUGCAUUUUAUGCUCCAUAUAAUCCAGACGGUAUCCGAAGAGAAAGUAUCAUUACAAGCAUGUGAAUUUCUUCUCUCGCUGGCCAAUAGUCGAGAAAUGCCCCGGGAUGUGAUGCAGCCCUAUUUAAAGGACCUCGUCCCUACCCUUUUGACUAAAAUGGUCCAUGACGAGGACGAAAUCCUCAUUUUGGAAGCGUCUAACGACGACGAUGCAAAUUUGGAAGAUAAGGACGAGGAGAUUAGACCCUCAACCGCAAGAACAAGUAAUAAAAGAGACACUCCCGCGAAUGAUGACGACUAUGAGGACGAAGAAGAUGGUGGGGCGGAUGAAGUAGAUAGUCACUGGAAUGUGAGAAAAUGUGCGGCCGCAACUCUUGAUAGUGUGACGAACACUCUACCCAAAAACGUUUUAUCAAUUGCCCUUCCGCUUUUGAGGGAUCAUUUAGUCGCUGAAAAGUGGUACAUUCGCGAGGCGACUAUCCUUGCAUUAGGUGCCAUGGCUGAAGGUGGUAUGAACUACUUUACUGAUCAGCUUCCAGCAUUGAUUCCAUUUUUAGUCGAAAAGCUUCAGGAUCCAUGGGCACCUGUAAGGACCAUCACAUGCUGGACGUUGGGGCGAUUCUCUCCUUGGAUUUUAAACGAUAAUACUCAGUUUUUGAUUCCAGUAAUGGAACCAAUUCUGCAAGCCCUCAUGGACAUGAAAAAAAGCGUUCAAGAGGCCGCCAUUAGCAGUGUGGCCGUAUUCAUUGAAAAUUGCGACGGUGAACUUUUAGAGACAUUACUUUACAACGAAUUACUUGUCAAAUUUAGCGAAUGUUUUCAGCUGUACCAGAAGAAAAACCUGAUCAUCUUGUAUGACGCAGUAGGAAGACUAGCGGAGAAGUGCGAGUUUGACGAGUCCGCGAUUGACCUCAUUUUGCCCCAUUUGAUACAAAAAUGGACCUCGCUUGCGGACAACGAUAAAGAACUCUGGCCUUUGCUGGAAUGUCUCUCUUACGUGGCUGCAUCCCUAGGCGUUAAGUUUCUUCCAAUGGCGCCUGAUGUGUACUCACGAGCCUGGCGCAUUUUGUGCCAAGCGGUGGACCUGGAAACGCGCUCACAGGUCGAUCCAACGAUCGAGGUCCUCGACAAAGAUUUCAUGGUCACAUCUCUGGAUCUGAUCGACGGACUAGUACAGGGACUUGGUUCCCAGAGUCAAGCGCUUUUGUUUCCCCACGGCGACCGCGCCAUGUUCCAAGUGAUGCUUCAAUGCCUCAAGGACCAUUUACCAGAAGUGCGCCAAAGCUGUUUCGCAUUACUAGGCGACAUCGCCUAUUUAUACGACCCGCGGCUUCUGCAGCAGGAGUCUCCUCUGGUGGAGUUUUUACAAAGCAUCAGCGUCGAAAUCGUGCACGCCAGCGACGACGGUAACCGGGACGAUUCCGCCACAGCCUCCAUGAACAAUGCUAUCUGGGCCCUGGGACUCAUUAGCGAGCGUCUUGACCUGUCCGAGUUUAUUAUAGACCUGUCUCGCAUUAUGCUUGACAUUUUUACGGACAGAAGAUCUCACUACAAUGGAUCCGUCCUUGAAAACGUUGCAAUCACGAUCGGACGCAUGGCCUUGUUCCAUCCAGAGGUAUUUGCUACAGGCCAGUUCGCCAGCGACACCGUCUGGUCGCUCUACUGCUCGCGAGCUAUGCGCCUCGAAGAUCCUGACGAGAAAACCGCAGCUUUCCGUGGUUUCGUAAAAAUCGUCAACCUCACAGACGCUACGGUCCAGAUAUCUAAUGCUACUCUACACAAGCUAGUUAAAGGUCUGGCUACUGACGUUGACAUUACGGACUUUUCUGACGAUCUCUAUGGUCUAUUCUUCAAGAACCUUGCCGCGCUCCAAUCCAUCAAGUUCAACGAUGAUGAGCUAAGCUUUCUCCAGCAGUUCACGUAA